AUGUCGAAUUCCACGCCCUACACACCUGCGACCGAGCCAGUAACCAUCGACGGUUCCGAGUUCGUCCCAGCAUUGGUCGCAAUCGACAUGCAGAACGAUUUCGUCUCGGGCUCGCUUGCAGUCCCAGGCGCCGAAGCCAUCAUCCCCAUCGUCAAUGCGCUCAUCGACCACCCGGGCUUCAAAUUCAAAGUCGCCACUCGAGACUUUCACCCAGACAACCACGUCUCCUUUGCCCAAACCCACAACAAGCCAGUACUCUCGAAAGCGAUCAUCUUCCACCCGGAAGAUAAAGACAAGUUGAUGGGAUUGGAACAGGUUUUGUGGCCGGUACAUUGCGUGGCCAAUACUGAAGGAGCGGAAUUCGUCCCUGGCCUGAUAAAGGACAAGUUUGACCACAUUGUGCACAAGGGAACCCAUCCCGAUAUCGAGUCCUACAGCGCGUUCAAGGACAUUUGGGGCAAGCACACUUCGGAACUGCCAGAGAUGUUGAAGGAGAAGAAGAUCACGGAUGUAUUCUAUGUCGGACUGGCAGGAGAUUACUGUGUCAAGUACACGGCGAUCGACUCUGUCUCCUUUGGUUUCAGGAGUUGGGUGGUGGUGGAUGGUGUGAAGAGUAUCAGCUCGGAUUGCGUGGCUUGGGACAAGAUGGCUACGGAGGGAGUCAAAUUUACCACCUCUAAAGACGUAUUGACUAGAUUGGGACAAGUUAACUAG